AUGUUGUUAAAUCUGACAUUUGUCACCGUGUUGUCUUUGCUGGCUAGCAUCGUUAAUGGGUUGGCCAUUGCAACAACGGAAUCGCCCGCUUUGUUCAUCAGUGACGGCAAGUCAAAGUACGAGUUGGGCCAGCUUCGGUUUGACCAGAAAUGGGAACUGACCCACACUGAUGCUGAGUUUCCUAGUGGAAAAUACUGUGUGGGAAUUAGUGGUCAAGAGUGUUUUAAUCACAAGGAGGUGGACUAUCCACUAAGUCAGAAGGUGUUGCUUAGGCUGGUCAACAACACCAUAAACUCCGUGACUUUGAUUCAGAUAGAUGAGGAGGGUUUGCAAUUGGAGCAACGUGAGAUUCGCAAAGGCGCUUCUCCAAGACUUGGAACCAAGAAGACACCAGUGGAGAGUGGGAAGGGUCAGGCAGCCUCAUCAAACGAGGAACAGCCUCUCGUGGGUGAAAAAUCAUUCAUUCAAAAGUACUGGAUGUACAUAGUUCCUGUAUUGUUGAUGAUCAUGCUGGUUGGUGGGGAUGGCAAAGAGCAUUGA